UGGAAAACUUUAUAUUAUCCUUCCCUCUCAUUCUCUCUUUCUAUAGAAGCUCUGUGAGGAAAACUUUUUCACAACAUUAUUCAUUUUUUUUUUUUCCUCUCAAACCCAUUUCUGCCAACACAAAUUAGUAGCAGGAAAAUGCCAAUAGAAAUGCCCAAAGGGCUACCAUUCUCAGUGGACACAUGGACUUCUUCUUCAAAGAGAAAGAGGCACCACUUUUUAACUCAUGCCCACAAAGACCACUCCUUUGGCAUCUCUUCCCACUUCUCUUUCCCUAUCUACUCAACCCUUCUCACCAGGACUCUGGUCCUUCAACACUACCCCCAGCUUGAUGAUUCAUUGUUUGUGGAAAUUGAAAUUGGGCAAUCGGUGGUUGUGGACGAUCCUGAUGGGGCUUUCACUGUCACGGCUUUUGAUGCCAACCACUGCCCUGGAGCUGUAAUGUUCUUGUUUGAAGGCAAUUUUGGUAAUAUCUUGCACACAGGAGAUUGCAGACUCACGGCUGAGUGUGUACAAAGUUUACCAAAGAAGUUUGUUGGCAAGAAAGGAAAAGUACCAAGGUGUCAACUUGAUUAUGUUUUCCUAGACUGCACAUUUGGGAGAUUUCGUCAGAACCUUCCCAGCAAGCACUCAGCAAUCCAACAGGUUAUUAAUUGUAUAUGGAAGCAUCCUGAUGCCCCUGUGGUUUAUCUGGCCUGUGACCUUCUCGGCCAGGAAGAAAUUCUAGCAAAUGUGUCCCAAACAUUUGGGUCCAAGAUCUAUGUUGAUAAAGCCUCUAAUCCAGAGUGUUUCCAAGCUCUAACCCUAACAUUUCCUGACAUUAUCUCUGAAGAUUCCUCGUCCCGCUUCCAGGUAUUAGAUGGAUUUCCUAAACUAUAUGAAAGAGCAAAAGCAAAGCUUUUGGAGGCCCAAGCUCACUGCCAGCCUGCCCCACUCAUAAUCCGCCCAUCAGCACAGUGGUAUGCAUGUGAGGAAGAGUUCUCGGAGAAUGAAAGUCAAAGAAAACUGAGAAUGAAUGAAGCAGUAAGGGACCAAUUUGGUGUUUGGCAUGUUUGUUACUCCAUUCACUCAUCCAAGGAAGAAUUAGAAUGGGCCCUGCAACUUCUUGUGCCUAAAUGGGUUGUUUCAACAACCCCCAGUUGUAGGGCCAUGGAGCUAGAUUUUGUUAAGAAACACUGCUUUGGCAAUCAAGUAGCUCCAAAUGACCCUAUCUGGAAGCUUCUUGAUAUUUCCACAGAAGGUUCUCCAGAUUUGGAUGUAUCCGUCAAAGGUGUUAGUGUUUCUCCUAUGGUUGAAGAGCACACCCAAACUUAUGCUCAACCUCAAUUUGAACCAGUAAAAGUAUCUACUGGCCUAAAAGGACUUAUAAAAUUGUCCCCUCCAAGCAAAAAAGUGACAUUAUUUGGAAGAGCGAGACUUGGUCUCCAAGAUUUUAGUUUUUCACAUGAAGGUCCAAUAGUUGCAUCUAUCAACAAUAACCCUCCACAAAUAUCUGCCAGCAAAGUGGAAGAAUUCUCAUUCCAGGAGGAAACUGAAGUGAAAUGCCAUAAGUCAGAAAGCAAGACAGGUAUAGCAGAUAUUGAAGUGCAAUGUCUGAAGUCAGUCGAUAAAGAGACUGAAGUUCUUAACAAUGCUUCUUUAACAAUUGGAUCAUCAAAGAGCUAUAGUGAAAGAUUGAGGAAGUUUUAUAGGACAAUGAAUGUUCCUGUCCCUCAGCCUCUUCCCUCCUUAGUGGAGCUUAUGAAAGCCAACAAGUGUACCAAGAGGAAAUUUGAGUUAUAGUCUUGCCUUUUCUGAUGAGGAGGCAACGGGAAAGUAUACAUAUAGCAUUAGGAUUGGUGCUUUGGCCAUACAAGUAUACAACACGUCAUUGUAUUUAUAUUUCCCUUCAUGGGGUGAUUUUUUUUUAAAGUAAUUUUUUCCCAUUUUGUAGCAAUAGUUGAUCCCUCUAUGAAUAAAGGAUGCAUUGGAUGUUUCAAUAAUUGCAACUUGAGUGUACAUUCAAAUAC